ACGCGAGCUCUUCUUGACGCGUUCCUUCAUCCACUGUUCUUAUUUUUUUCGAUGGCACAUAGAGUCGAAACGGUACUAAAUCCAAUGAAAGUGGCAUCCGCUCAGGAAAACUGUAGAAAGCCCCAGAUUCCCCUUUCCCUUACCAACACACAUCCAUCGACGUCACCCAACCUCAUUUGGCCUCGCUGACGACAACGACGACGUUCAACUUGCACAAAUGACUCCUCUGACGCGCGCUAUACGCAACGUUGGACGAAACCGCCAAUGUGACGUCAAUCGCUACGCUUUCCUUUCCUUUACAAAUACCAGACCCCUCCACCUCUCUCCCUUACUUCGAUUCAGUCCACAAACCCCCAUCUCAUAUCGAUUCUACACCUCUAGCAAGUACAGUAAAAUGUCCAACAACAACGCCGAUCUCCGCAUUGGAGAUGUCUUCAACGUCAAGGACAAAGUCGCUUUGGUGACGGGAGGUGGUUCAGGCAUUGGCCUGAUGAUAACACAGACUCUCGCUGUCAAUGGUGUCAAAGUGUAUGUCGUUGGGCGUACAGCCGAGAAGCUGGAUCGCGUUGCAGAGACUUAUGGAAAGGACAUUGCUGGUCAGAUUAUUCCGCUUCAGGGUGAUGUGUCGGAUAAGGAGGGUGUCAAGAAACUCUACAAGGAGAUCGAGUCGCGCGAAAAGUGUCUCCACAUUCUCGUCAACAACGCCGGAGUUGCACGUGGUAAGGGCGAUCUCGACGGGGAGAAGACCGCUCAGCAGCUAAAAGAGGCCCUCUUCGAUCCGACAGCCGUCGAGGAAUGGACGGAUAUCUACGCCACAAACGUCGUCGGUCCCUACCUCAUGACUACCGCUUUUCUCCCUCUCCUUCAAAAAGCCACCGAAGACCAACACGGCUACUCCGGCUGUGUUGUCAACAUCAGCAGCAUCUCUGGCUCCGUCCGUAUUUCUCAAGGCCACGUUUCUUACAAUGCCAGCAAAGCUGCCACCAUCCAACUCAACAAAAUGCUUGCCACCGAAUUCGCAAAGGCAGGUCUCAAGAUCAGGGUUAACUCUAUUUCACCAGGUGUUUUCCCAACUGAAAUGACGACAGGGGAGAGUGGGGAAGAUCAGAAGAGUGAGAUGCCGAAGGAAAAGAAGGGAGGGUUGCCAGCGAGGCGACCGGGGAAUGAUAGGGAUAUGGCGGCGGCGAUAUUGUUUACUGUGGGGUGCCAGUAUCUGAACGGUCAAACGAUCUACGUGGAUGGUGGAUACCUUCUUCAGGUUGGGAUGUAGGCUAUUGGCCGACGGGAAAAAUGGAUGUACCAUAGGAUGUAUCAUGAUUAAUUCCGCUUGACACAAGAAUAAACUGACUUUACCA